ACCCCACCAAUUCACGAUGAGUUGUAAGUUAUAUAUCUGUAUUCCUCUGCCUCGUUUAUCGCGUCUCUCCCGUGUUUGUUUCGGGUGAAGGGGGACGGAUGGGGGCGAUAUAACCCGUCUUCUCCCCUAUAUAUAUAUCUGCUCGAUUAUUCGAUGUGUAAUACUCUGCCGGUGUUCGAUAGCCGACAUUUGCUAACGUGGCACCGCACUUAGUCAAUGCCAUGCUCAGGAGCCUCCAGGGCCAACCCGAGAGCUACGAGAGGAAAGCGAAGUAUAAGUUCGGACGGACCCUCGGUGCUGGUACAUAUGGUAUUGUUCGCGAAGCGGAUGGCCCCAUGGGCAAAGUCGCCAUAAAGAUCAUUCUGAAGAAGAAUGUUAAGGGAAACGAGCGGAUGGUCUGGGACGAGCUGGAGAUGCUCCAGCGCCUGAAGCAUCCUCACAUUGUUCGCUUCGUCGAUUGGUUUGAGUCGAGGGACAAGUGGUAUAUUGUUACCGAAUUAGCUACCGGCGGCGAACUUUUCGACCGAAUCUGUGAACAAGGCAAGUUCACCGAGAAAGACGCCUCACAGACGAUAAAUCAGGUGCUGGGUGCCGUCGAUUACCUCCAUGAUAAGAAUGUCGUGCAUCGAGACCUCAAACCCGAAAACCUCUUGUACCUCAGCAAAGCUGCCGAUUCUGACCUAGUCCUGGCCGAUUUCGGAAUUGCAAAGAUGCUCGAUACCAAGGAUGAGGUCCUCACUACGAUGGCGGGUUCUUUUGGCUACGCAGCCCCGGAAGUGAUGCUGAAGAAAGGUCACGGCAAACCUGUUGAUAUGUGGUCUUUGGGCGUCAUUACCUACACCCUCCUCUGCGGCUAUUCCCCAUUCCGUUCGGAGAACUUGCAGGAUUUGAUUGAUGAAUGCAGCAGCGGCAAGGUCGUCUUCCACGAACGGUACUGGAGGGAUGUCAGUGACGACGCUAAGGACUUCAUAUGCCACCUGCUACAGCCGGAUCCCGACGACAGAUGGAAUAGCAAGGAAGCUCUGAAGCACCCCUGGCUCAGUGGUAAGAGUGCCACGGACCACAACUUGUUACCUGAGAUCAAGGCCUACAUCGCCAAGGCACGGCUGCGGCGCGGUAUCGAGCUCGUUAAGCUGUCGAACCGUAUCGAGGCACUCAAGAUACAGGAAGACGACCCAGAGAACCCCGAUUUCCCCGACAGCUCGGUGGCUGCGACCAGCGAAGCCGGUCCAAUCAGACAGCCUACGCCGACAAAAGAGGAGGGCGCCGGCAAGGGCAAGCUCACGCGUGCUAUGAAGGGCGCCAUCUUCCGCGAGGUCGUGAUGGCAAAGGUCCGCGAGAUGAAGGAGCAGGAGCAGACAUUGAAGGUGACGGAAGAGGUCGAGAAGGAGGCGAAGCGAAGAAGCUUCGGGUCUUGAGAGAUCAGCUAGAAGCUAGUCAGAGGAAACUGGUAGAAGAGGCGCAAAUAGGAUAGAUACCCAAUCCUCCACCCAUCCUUGGCGGGGAGAGAGAGUGUGUGUGGUUGAGGAAGACAGGGCUAAAGAUAUAGCAAAGUAGUUGGAAGAGGGACAAUCUAGGGUCGGUAUGGCACUAUAGUUUCACUCGCGUCAUAUGAACACUUGUACACAUUUUCACACACUGUUCACCGUUAUAUCGGAAUAUAGACGCAGAUGGAGGAACGGGAACUCGGGUUUAGACAGGUACGAUCGGUUGGUCGGUCAAGUAAGGGGCGUCCUUUUUUCCUUGCCUCCUAGAUCCUUACCCGCCUAGAAGGAGUUUUUUCUUUGGGGGGGGGGUCUUUACAUCUCCUCCAUUCUCUCUUGCCACCCACUUUAUCUAUCCUAUUUCUAUCCCGUCUAGCGUCGUCGUCUCAAGUGUACGUCCGUGGUCAUGACUAUUCUGAGGUCCCGUCAGCCUGUUUACAAGUUCCUUGCCCCCCCCCCCCUUUUUUUUUU